GCGUCGUGACUCGAAUCUCGAAUGACUCUCAAUUAGAGUUGCAAGCACUGCACAUGGUUGAGUUUGUGUGCCGGAUUUGGAUUUUUGCCUACUUUUCGACCAAAUUUUAGCGCAACCCGGCCAGUGUUGAAACUUUAAGGUUCGCUUCCAUUUUUGGGCCCACAAUUUUGGUUUGGAGAGUGGAUGCUUUGGAUUUUUGCGCUUUUGAAUCUGUGAGGAAAUUUUUUACACGAGUUUGUAUGAAAAUAUCCUCAGAUCAAGAAAGAUGGACAAUAAUUUGGCAGCGAUGAGGCCAGGAGAUGUAGAAAUGAAUUUAAUCGUUGAUGAAAUCAAAGCAAAGAGGUUCACUGAAGCCAACAGGUCAAUGUCAUUACGAAAUCUGGCAAUGAAGUCCAUAGUUUUCAACCACGAAUAUUUCUUAAAACAAUGGCAACAAGAUUUCAAUCCGAUGAAUGUAUUGCCCAAUUCGAUCAUCCAAGAUUUCUUCAAAAAUGGCAGACAAUUCUUCGGCAAUGGGAGCAACCAACCAACCCCAAUCUGCAGGGAAUUUCUAUGGAUGUUCCUUAAUGAAAACUUAAUGGAGUUUGAUUUCAACGAGGAUACUUUGGUACCCCCAGAUUGGGAGCAGGGAUUUUUCUAUUACAUGAAGCGCCAUUGCUGUAAUUUGAAGAAAAUUGUCCGAGGCCAUGAAAAUUUCCGCGGACCAAUGGUAAUAAAGACGAAGGAGCUCCUCAGAUGGAGCAAGCUGACGUACAUGGGCUUCCGGAACUACACUUGCACCGAUGAGCAGCUCAAAAAAAUUCAAGAGAGCAUCCCUCAGCUUCAGUAUAAAUCAGGAAAGGCUUUUUUGUUUUGUUUUAAUAUUAUAUUGAUCUAUUUUAGGGGCAUGGAAAUUUCUGUCAAGGAAAAAUCCUUUACUGAAAAAGCUAUUGAGCCUUUUUCUAAAAUGCUGAGUCUGACACACCUUGAGCUACGUAUUGAGGGAUGCCGCAUUUCUUUGGAAACUGUUGUUCACUGUGUUGGAAAAAUUCCAAACCUCAAAACUUUUGCUCUUAUUGAAGAAAUACAAAAUUCAGGCAAUCGGUUCCUUGAAUUGUAUGCAGAGCAUUACCCAAACAAAAAACUCAUCCUCACUGCUUUGUGCAUCCACCUGCCAUUUAAAAUUGAGUGGCCUGCAAACAUUAUUGCUCAAAAACUGCAUAUAGAGACUAAGUCUGAUUGUCCGUCGAGUGUGGAAAAACUGAUCGCCAUGCCUUUCCCACCAUCGAAGCUUAUCGUGCAUGCAGUGCCAAACUUGGUCCACCCGAUUGUUGAAAAAUUUGGACCACAUUUAAGAGAAUUAACCAUCAAAGCUUUGGGAAGGGCUGAAUCUUAUCCGCCAGCCCCACUUGGAUUAUAUGCCAUUGAAAAAAGCCCAAAUUUGCAAGUGCUCACUUAUACUUCGACAGCUGAUGAAUUUGAGGAAGUUGAUAUUCCUUUUGCAAAAUUUAAGAAUUGGAAGAGAUACGAUGUCACUGACGACACAUAUCAUGCUGAAGGGAUGUACUUGGCUCAUAACUCGGAGGCGGAUAGAAUAUUUAAAAUGUUUCUUCUUGGUUCAGAAAAAUCUGAGCAAGUCCGCCUUCAUCUCAAGACACCAGGGCAAAUUAAUGUGCUUGAAGAAGUUUUGACGAUAAAACCAAACAGCCACGCCAUCAAAAAGUUGAUCGAGGUCAGCCUUGACCUUUACAGUGUAGACACAAUCAAGCCUGCACUGAAGAUUGUUGCGGGCUUAAUUUACCAUUGUCCAAGUUUUGAAUUGGUCAAAUUUCGCACUCUCAGUGAUAAAUAUGAACUUUCUGCGGAGGUGAUAUGCCGACGUAACUCUUGGUUCAAGCAUCUGACAACUGCAGUUGGAGUCAAGAUGUUGUGGAAAUAUUAUGACAUCCCGCAGAGGUUUGAUGAUUUUGAUGAAGAUUUUGGGGACGACAACAGUAGUGUGUGUUCAGGAAUUCAUUCAGAAAAUGAAGUUAUGAACACUGAUUACGAGGAAGAGGAAGAAGAAGAAGAAAAUGAAUUUGAUGAUAUUAGCGAUGACAGUGAUGCAUCGCGGGAUGAAGAAGAUGAUAUGGUUGAGGGAAAAGAAGAAGAUUUAUCAGAGCAGAAAAUUGAUUGCUUGGAUCUGUAGUUGCUGAAGCAAAAAUACCAGUCAAGCAGAUCUUCCACUUUUUUUUUUUUUUUUUUUGAAUUUUCAUAACAAUAUUUGGGAAGCGAUAAAAAUAUACUCAAGUUUGUAAAUUAAGUAUUUCAGUGGUUAUCUCAAAUGUUUCUUCAAAAUAAAACCAUUUAUAAUACUCAUCACAAAAUAAAAUUAGAAA